AUGCUCGGAUCAGUGCUGCUACUUAAGGCAGCGGAUGACAAGUACAAGGCUGCUUUUGAACAGAAUUAUAAUUCCAACGAUUCUCAACGUAGUUUAAAGGUGUAUUUUACUGAUGUAUUGACGUUUGAGUAUCUUAACGCAGCACAACUUCUACAUGUGUUGACACACUUGGAGUGCUAUAGCGGUAUUAUAGUGACGAGUCCACGUAGUGCAAUUGCUAUGGUCAACGUAAUCAAUGGUAUAGAAGAGAAGCUGAAACAUCAGGUAGUAGUAAAGCUACAAUCUACCUCUGUGUUCUCUGUUGGUGCUGCGACGUCGCGAGAAUUGCUGCCGCUCGGUGUAGUCUGUAAGGGUGACGAUGCUGGCUCAGCAGACAUGCUGUCCAAAUAUUUGCACCAGAAUGGCGUGCUGCCUGAAGACUGCAAGAAAAGACCAAUGUUGUUUCUCUGUGGCGAUAAACGCCGUGACGUUCUUCCUGAUAGUUUUCAGUCUCGAGGUCUUCCGCUAGAAGAGUUGGUGGUCUAUCGGACUUGCGCCGUGCAGAACAUCGCGUUUCCUGCGGAGUGCAAAGUGCCACAUUGGAUUGUAUUCUUCAGUCCAAGUGGACUAAGGGCGGUAAAGGAUCUGCCUCUGAAAUGGGACUUGAUUCGCAAAGCAGCUAUCGGAAAAACAACUGCCACUGCUCUCCACGAACACGCAAUUGCGACUGGGCAACCAUUUUGGGAAGCAGACGUGAUAGCACCCGAGCCCAAGCCAGAGUCUCUUGCUGCUGCCAUCUUUGUCUUUAUCGACAAACAUAAUAUGUGA